CAGGCGGUGGGUUAGAUUCAUGCAUCUUCCCCUCUGAUUUUCUCCCGCUCCACUUGGGGAAUGGUUCAGAAUUCUCAUCAAAACCCCCUUUUUCGAUGCAGCUGUAGCACGCCGCCUUCGUCCCUGUCAGCGACCAAGGGCUCCACAUUCAUUGGUUAUUCUCCGACCCUUUUCUCUGUCUUUAAUUUGACUCCCAAUUUCUCCGGCCAUACAGGCGGCAUCGCGCCUCGUUCGUUGCUUUUGCUGCUGGAAGGGAGACAUCGUUGAUGCGAUCACCAAAUCGAAGAUCGCUUACUGUAUUACAGUGUCGGUCUUCUUCAUCUCUUCACCACCCUUUUGAUCUUACUUUUGCUGCCGGCUUGCUUAUUUCUUCGUUGCAAUCUAUAAAGAAGCCGGCCGGCAUUCUUGGACUUCUAUCUGUUGUAGCGUCGCGGUGAUUUGCUGCAGGACGAUCAUGGCUGGGGCUUGAUCUCCUUUCUGUUCCCUCCAGUUGUUUAUUCCGAACUUCACUGCUAGCGAGAAGUAUUUGUCAUGGACUGAAAUUGCAUCAUCUCAUUGAAUAAUUUGUUGAAAGAUUGAUAUUCCUAAGCUCGGCUUCAUUGAUGGAGCUUAGUUUUGAUUGUGAAAAUGGGAAUUUGAUCCAUGAUCUAUGGCCACUUGAAGAACUGGAUCCGAAGAAAGGAAAGUUUCCUUGCUGCAUUGUUUGGACUCCCCUUCCCAUUGUCUCAUGGCUGGCUCCUUAUAUCGGACAUAUUGGAAUUUGCCUGGAGGAUGGUGCAAUUUUGGAUUUUGCGGGUUCAAAUUUCGUAAAUAUUGAUAAUUUUGCAUAUGGCGGCGUCGCCAAAUAUCUUCAACUUGACAGGAAAAAGUGCUGUUUCCCGGCAAACCUAUCGAGCCACUCAUGUCGGCAGCCCUACCAUCACGCCGAAGGCGGAACGGCAUUCUCUUGGGACGACGCGCUAGACUUUUGCAUGCAUCAAUACCAGCACAAAUGCUAUAAUCUAUUCACCUGCAACAGCCACUCCUUCGUUUCGAAGUGCCUCAACCGGCUCGCUUACGACGGUCAUGUCAGCUGGAACUUACUGAAUCUGGUGGUGCUGAUCCUUUGGAAGGGACGAUGGGUCGAUGCGAUGUCGGUUUUUCGUUCGUUCUUCCCCUUUGCCGUCGUAGUCUGCAUUGGAAUCUUAAUGGCUGGCUGGCCAUUUCUGGUUGGGAUGGCUUCUUUCUCAGUUCUUCUGAUUGGGUGGUUCCGGUUAGGAACAUACUGUGUGAAGAGUCUGCUGGACUGAUUGCUCAGGCAGCCAUGAAUGAUCAGACAAAGUUCAGGCCUUUCUUUUCUUGGAACGAAGGGCAGGUCACAAACCCUAGCAGUGAUUCAACGAAGUUUUAGAGGAUUUUUGAAUUGUGCUCUUCGGUGGAGAGCUCGCCGGCGGCAUUGAGGUUUCCGAUGAACUCAGUGGACAGUAAAAAGAUUUUUAGAAGGCAUUUACAUACUUAAAAGUGAAGAUUCUUAUGUAUUU